AUGAUUAAGGAUCCUGAUUUGGCCAACAACUUGCAGGGUAUAUUGAUGAGAUUCCGCCAAGAACAAAUGUUCCACAACUUUCGAGUUGUUGAACCUCAUCGCGAUUACCUCCGUUUUUUCUGGCAUACGAACAAUGACUUGGAUUCUCCCUUGGAGGUGUUUAGAAUGACGGUACACGUGUUUGGAAACCGAACUUCUCCCGCGGUUGCGAACUAUGGCCUUCGUAAGUCGGUGUCAUCUGCUGAUCCGGAUGUGCAGAAGUUUGUGUCGGACAAUUUUUAUGUGGAUUACGGACUGAUGAGUUUUCCGAGCGUUGAAAGGGCUGUUAGUUUGGUACAGAGAACGCAGACAGCGUUGUACGAUGGCGGAAGAUUUAGGCUCCAUAAGAUCGCUUCCAAUUCGACGGAGGUAUUGGAACUGUUCCCCAAAGAGGAUUUAGCGAAAGAUCUUAAAGAUCUAGAUCUAGGUCAAGACUGCUUACCUGAACAGAGGAGUUUGGGGAUUUGCUGGGAUAUUGUUUCCGACCGUUUCUUGUUUCGCGCAGACAAAGACCUGAAACCAUUUACGCGUAGAGGCGUGUUAUCCGUGAUUAACAGUCUAUUCGAUCCUAUUGGUUUUACGGCUCCCGUGACAGUCGAAGGAAGGAUACUCAUGCGGGAGGCCAUGUCGUCAAAGUGUGGCUGGGAUGAGUUGCUUCCGGAAACGUUGAGGAUCUAUUUGGAAAGGUGGGUUGACGAACUUGUUCACCUUCAGGACUUCACCAUUCCACGUAUAUACUGUUCGUUGUCUGUAGAGAUGUCAUCGCGUGUUGAAGUUCACGUAUUUUCCGACGCAUCGAAAGAGGCUGUUGCCGGAGUGGCAUUUAUCAAAGUGUUUUCUGAAGACUCUAGUGAGAUUGGGUUUCUUACCGGGAAGGCGAAGGUGGCACCUGCACAUGGCCACACGAUACCGAGAUUAGAACUGCGUGCUUCGCUUCUCGCGGUCGACAUUGCAGAAAAUAUUGCCAGUAUCUACGGAUCCAAAAUCUCCGUCGAUUUUUUUCGCCGUCGCUUAUUCUUACUCAGAAACCUCAGGAUACCGUUUCACCCCUAA